AUGUCGUUGUCGCGGUCAGAUCGGACUCGAAGGGCCGCGAUAUCCUGGCUCUUCAUCCUAACUCAGGACUUCAGCUCUCUUACACUCAGAGCCAACCCUGGAGGCAGCAUCCACACUGCAAGCCCUUUCCACUUCCAAUCCAAGGAUGCCGAGACCGAGAUGCUAAACCCGGCCAUACGAGGCACCACGUCUCUUCUGAGCGCCGUCACUGCGUAUGCUCCGAAUGUGAAGAGGGUUGUGAUUACCUCCUCUGUCGCUGCAGCGGUCAACAUCAAGGCACCUCCUCCGGUCUUGACCCCUGAGAUGUGGAACCCGGUCACUCGAGAAGAAGCCUCAUCGAACCCAUUCUUCGCAUACCUUGCAAGCAAAACAUUCGCAGAAAAGGCAGCCUGGGAUUUUAUCGACGAAAAGAAGCCCCACUUUGCCCUGUCGACGAUUUUGCCGCCUCUUAUCCUCGGACCGGUUGUGCACCAACUUGAUAACCUUGGUUCAAUCAACACCUCCAACUCGGCGGGGUCUCCUCAGUGUGUUGAUGUGCGGGAUGCUGCGUUCGCUCAUGUUAAGGCACUGGUCGUGCCCGAAGCCGCUGGCAAGCGGUUCCUCCUCUACGCGGGUGACUUCAGCAACGCUGAGAUUGCUCGCAUUGCCCGAGAUAAUUUCCCAGAGAUGGCUGAUAAGGUGCCCGCGAACAUCAGGAGCGACGUACCCGCCGCCGAUGCUAGUAUUGAUGCCGGGUUGUCGGAGGACAUUUUGGGUGUGAAGUACUGCUCUCUGAACGAUAGUGUGGUCGAUUGCAUCAAAUCUCUGUUGGGCCGCUAG